CGAAAGGAGUAUCGGGCAUCAAGCAAUGGUUAUCCUGUUGUUACAGGCCAUUCGAUACCAGUGGAGUCAUUUGGCCGAAUUCAACUGUGGGGUGAUUUGAUGCAAAUUCGCCGCGUAGACGCUCAGGACGCAGGAAGGUACAUUUGUCGAGCCAGCAAUCAGGUCGGCGAGCAACGAGCGGAAACACACCUGUCGGUCACAUCAAAACUUAAUGCACGGAUACAACCUCGUGUUCAGAUCAUCAAUUCCGGCGAGUCGGCCACUAUGAAUUGCACGGUGGAGGGUUAUCCGGUCGAGAGCGUCGAGUGGUUGCACGAUGGUGUGCCGGUAUUGACCGCGCAGGACACGAGAAUCAGAUUGCUGGCUCCUCUGGUGCUCGUGAUAGGCUCGAUCGGCCGAAAGGACAAGGGGAUGUAUCAGUGCCUGGUCAGAAGCGACAAGGAGAACGCACAAGCUACAGCCGAAUUGAAGCUUGGAGACACUGUGCCAGAGUUGCAAUACACGUUCAUUGAGCAAGCACUGCGACCAGGUCCUCCAGUAUCGUUGAGAUGCUCUGCUACAGGAUCUCCACCACCAUCGUUCACUUGGUUGCUAGAUGGAGAACCUCUAAGUGAGAUCGCCUCUGGACACAGGUACGCGAUAGGACAGUAUGUCGAUCAAUCCGGAGACGUGAUCAGUCAUUUGAACAUAUCGUCGGCUGGUGCUGAAGAUGGUGGCCUCUACGCUUGUGUCGCGGCCAAUACGCUCGCUACGGUCGAGCACAAAGCUAGACUCAACAUUUAUGGUCCACCGUACAUCCGAUCGAUAGGACCAGUUCGCGCGAUAGCCGGUGUCGAUACCACCAUAGCUUGUCCUUAUUCUGGCUAUCCUAUCACGUCAGUGGAGUGGUCUCAUGGAGGAGUCGCGUUACCUCUCGACAUAAGGCACCGUGUUGACAGUGAGGGUCAUCUUACCAUCGCCAAUGUGGAUCCAAACGAUGCUGGCACUUUUACUUGCAUGGUUAGAGCGAGAUCCGGUGAAACGGCGAGCAGGGACAUCCGGUUGACUGUCAGCAGUCCACCCGUGAUGAGUCCCUUUAAUUUCCCUCCGAAUCUCCAAGAAGGAAGUCGCGCCCAAGUCACCUGCACCGUCACUUCCGGUGAUCUACCAAUCUACUUUUCCUGGCUAAAGGAUGGUGAACCAUUACCUUCCUCUUUACGUAUCGAGGAACGGGUGGCCGAAUUUUUCAGUCUGCUCGUCUUCAAAGAACUUUCGUCGCGGCACAGUGGCAAAUACACUUGCGUGGCAACUAACAGCGCGGCCAAAGUCAACCACACGGCCGAACUUUUGGUAAAAGUGCCUCCGCAAUGGAUUUUCGAGCCGCAAGAUGUGACCACUCUCCUGGGAAAUCCAUUGAACGUUCACUGCGAAGCCAAGGGAUUUCCACCACCACGUGUCACGUGGUUACGUGCCAGAGAAAGAACCUCCAACGACUAUCAACCUCUGGUUGAUGGUUCUGAUGGAAGAUUAACCAUCCUACCAAAUGGAUCUCUAUGGACAGCCUUUGCUGGACCACAGGACGAAGGGCAUUAUCUGUGUCGGGCGAAUAAUGGCAUUGGAUCUGGAUUGAGCAAAGUGAUCUACGUGUCUGUUCAUGAGCCAGCACGGUUCGAGUUCCAGAGCAAAAACGUGACAAUCCGCCGUGGCGAAUCCGUCACGCUGGAUUGCACUGUUAUCGGGGAUAAUCCCAUAGAGGUGCAAUGGAUGCACAACAGUGACCGUUUAGACACGAACAGUCACCGAUUGAGCAUCAGUCAAAUAAAAACAGACAAUGGCCUCAAGUCACAAUUGUCCAUAGCAAGUAGCGAUCGUCAGGAUUCUGGAGUUUAUAGGUGUACGGCAGACAACGCUUACGGAAGAAGCGAACAUUUGAUUUAUCUCGCUGUUCAAGAGAGACCAGAUCCACCAGCCUCAUUAGAAGUUAUAGAAAUUGGCUCACGAUCGAUACGAUUAUUAUGGAAAAGAGCUUUCGACGGAAAUAGCCCAAUACGAAAUUAUGUUAUCCAAUAUCGAUCUUUGAAUCAUGGUUUGGCUGACGAUUGGAAUCCCGCAAAAACGCACAACGUCACCUAUACCCCCGGAAGUUCUAUCAAUGGAAAUACCAUACAUCCAACGCAAAACGGUUUAUCCCCUUUCGAAACUAGCACUGACGAUCAAGAAAUAGCAUUAGUAGGAGGACUUCAUCCAGCAGUGACUUAUAUGUUUCGCAUUUUUGCCAUAAAUUCAAUAGACGUGAGUGUGCCAACUGAUUCCGUGGUGGCGAAAACUCAAGAAGAAGCCACCCCCAAAGGAAUCUUGCAACGGAGAUCUGUUGGGCUACAUAGUGACAUGGUCGGAGCAUUCAUCUUCAACGUCAGGUGUGAACCAAAGCAAAAGUUUAACGGUGAACGGAUGGGCAACUACAAAGGUGCAGCUUACAGGUCUCAGAAAGUUUACCAAGUACGAUAUAUCGAUCAGAGCUUUCAAUAGUAUAGCCAGCGGGCCAGCCAGCGUUCCCAUUGUUGGAACAACUCAAGAAGGAGUGCCAGAAACCCCACCAACGCAAGUAUCAUGCAUUCCUCUGUCUUCCCAAAGUGUGAAAGUUUCUUGGAGUGCACUACCACCACAUCAACACGGUGGGAUCAUUCAGGGUUACAAAGUAUACUACAGACCAGUACCUACUGACAACAUGGACAUAUCGACAGUGGGUGAAGUAAAAAAGACUUCCAGCAUAGAAACUUAUCUGCACACUCUGUACAAGUACACGAAUUACUCUAUUCGAGUAUUGGCUUAUACUGGUGCUGGCGACGGAGUUCUAAGUCCGCCGAUUUUUUGUACAACGGAGGAGGAUGUACCAGGUCCUCCAGCUGGUAUCAAAGCUUUAGCAUUGACUGCGGAGAGUAUAUUGGUUUCGUGGUUACCACCUCUGCAGCCAAAUGGGAAUGUCUCCAAGUAUACAGUUUACAGCAGAGAAGCAGGCUCUAGUAACCAUAACACACACACCAUGCAUGAACCACCAUCGUCACCGACUGAUACUCUUACCAUGGAAUUGAGAGGUUUGGUUGAAAGCUCCAGCUAGGGUGGCGUCUUUUUCACAAUUGUUAAGGAGGGCGAUUAAAUCGUCGAUCACCCUGUCUUGCUUAGUCGUAGGUAAUCCUACGCCUCGUCCAAUAUGGACGUAUCGAAAUAGUCAAGUUUCCACUGGUAGGCAUUACGAAUUGACUGCUGAUGGUCAUCUUAAUAUUCGUGGAUUAGAACAGUCGGUGGCAGGAAAUUACACGUGUUCAGCCAAUAACUUAUUCGGUGACGAUUCCAUCACUUACACCUUGGUCGUGGUAAUGCCUCCACGAGCACCAACGUUAGAGUUACAGUAUACAACGAUGAAUAGUAUAAGACUUAGGUGGAAUCAUCCUAAUAACGGUGGUGCUACUAUUCAAGGCUACGUGUUAAGUUACAAAAGGGACCAAGGUGGCUGGGAGGAAAUAGCAUUAUCACCUGAACAGACUGAGUUCAUUUUAUCAGGUUUAAAAUGCGGUUCUUCCUACUUGGCACAUUUAACAGCUCAUAACCGCGUAGGCACUGGAGAUCCGAGUCCUCUAAUUAGUGCCACCACCAAAGGAACUGCUCCUUUAUUACCAAAAGAACGAGACAUCAUCUCUGCCAACGGCACGUCCGUGAAAUUAAAUCUUUUAUCUUGGCCAAAUGGUGGCUGUCCCAUUCAAUAUUACACCCUAGAGUACCGUAGACGCGUCAGCACUGAACCAUGGAUUUUAGUGGCGAGUCGCGCCACAGAGAAUUUAGUCAUAAGAGAUUUAAAGACUGCCUCGUGGUACAGCUUACGUCUGACAGCUCAUAAUGACGCUGGAUCCACGCAAACACAAAUGGAAUUUGCGACGACCACUCUCAGUGGUGUUAGUAUCGGUCCACCAAAUGAUCUGAUUAUGGAAGACGAUGUUAAGAAAGCUAUACCUAAUCAUAAAGUACUUUACGUGGUCGUACCUCUCAUCUGUGCGAUCGUAUUAAUUAUUUCCGCCGCUAUUUUGGGAUAUGUAAUGCUAAAACGCAGUGGAAGAGCUAAUUAUUUGGGAGAAAUUCUUCCUGGACAGCAACAGAAUCAGCAGUCAGGAUUGGGUUUGGUUCAGCAACAACAGCAACAUCAGCAACACCAUCAUCUUUCAAGUUGUAUGUCUACCAUGCAACUAAAAUCCACUGCAGAACGUGAUAACAGAAGGAAUCAUCAGGUAUACACCAGUUCGCCUGUGAAACAAGAAAAUCACAAGUCAAACGAUCAUGGAUCAGAAAUGUACGAAAUAAGUCCGUACGCGACGUUUAGUGUACCGGGAAGAGAAAAUCGUUCGGUAACCACAGCUACACUCGAUUAUACAAUGCAGUUCAAAACAUUCGGUCAUUUAGAGAACGAAGACAUUAACACGAUCGAUUACGAAAGGUCCAGCGUAGACUUCGAGAGGUCUAAAACACCAAGGUGGCACAAGCAACGUUACUUCCCAAGCAUCGCGGAAGCGGAGAGCAAGCUACGCUCGAGCCGUCAAGGUUCCGGAAGCGACACAUCCGGAAGUCCUUGCGGAGAAUGCGCUGGACCUAGUUACAGGGUGCCAGUAAAGCCUUGCAGAGAUGUAUUUUCACGAGGCGUGGAAUCGAGUACAGAAUCCAACAACGAAGGCUCACCUUCACUUGCGAGACGACGAAGCCGUCAACCGAGCCGGUCUACUCGCAGUUCGGUGGAAGACAUGACGUUGUUGCCGCCAAGCGGGUUUAGCGACAGCCGCGAAUUGAGCGACGUAGAGUGCGACCGUGAUCGUGAUCGUGAUCGUGAUCGUAGCGAGCGUGAUCGUGAUCGUGAACGGGACUGGCAAGAUUUGUCGACCGGGACCCGCCACGGCGGCAGCUUGGGUAGACUGCCAAUCGAGGCCGUCGAAUCUAUGCUCGCUAGGUAUCGACACGAACCUCCGUAGACCGUAGUAAGCUGACACAGUUCAGAUUCCCAUUCUCUACUCUCACGUUGAUCCCACGAACGCCUCUGAAACUUUUCUUUCAUUUUCUAUUCUGUCCAAUAAGUUUCAUUAGGGGAUGUGCAAUGGUAAAAGGUAUUGUUAUUUAAAAACUGCGGAUUUUUGUGCAAAGUCAUAUUUUUUAAAAAAUAAAGCCUCGGCGGAAAACAUUUGUUUACUUGAUUGAUGUUGUAGCACUGAACUCUGAACAUUUUGUCAUAUUUUUUUUUCUCGUUAAUUAAUCAAAUCCAAGUAGUUUAAAUUUCAUCGCCAAUGGAAAUUUUCGUGCAUCUUUCUACAUCCAAACUAGUACUACUAGUAUUAUUUACUAGUAAACUAAUACUAUUUAAUUGUAAAUAAAUUAGAAAGAUCCAAACUAGAGGUAAAAAAAUCCGAUUGAAUAGAUGUCCUCUAAGAUUUAAAGAAAGCUACAUCAAACAGCAUCGAUUAAACUCAAAUUUUCACGUCACGUACUAAUCUAAAUAAAAAAAAAAAACUCCAAUUACCUACACAAAGCUUUUUUAGCAUUGCCAAGUUAGAUCAGUAUUUCUUGAUUUAUUUUAAAAUUAAUUUUAAAGGUAAAAGGUAUUGUUAUUUAA